UCCACCUCUAACACCCUAGCCUUCGCCGCCUUCGUGAGUUGGGUUCCGCCGUCGCCCGUCGAUCCUCCUCCUCGCCAUUGCGCAGCUGUAGCCCCGCCGGGUGAUAACAGCAACUUUUGCCUUCCACCACCCGUCCGCCGAUACCUCCUCUCUAUUUCUUCUUCUUCUCCCCUGUUCCUUUUCUCCCGGCCAGAGGAAAAAGGUGCUCCUUCCUUUUCUUUCACUGUCCCUGCAGUUUUCUUCAAUUUUGUUUCCCUAGCAAGGGGUCUCCUGUUCUUCCAGCCAACAGCAAGCUCGCUAAUCACCUUUCUUCCUGUAAGCCCUUCGUUGCAGGUUACAUAGCUAGUAGUUUAAGAUGGUGCAAUUCAAAAAUAGAUAUUUGGUGAUGGAAAUAUUUAUACAUGGAGAAAGAGACUUCAUUGGAAGGGAUACAACGAGGGUUAUUAGCUCAAGCAGUAUCUCCAAAGCAAUCAAGGAAAGCGUUCAGUUAAAUUUUGGGGAGUGUGGCCUUGCGCUAUUACUUGGAUCCCUCCAGGUGAAGUAUGUCAAUACCACAACAAAGAUAUGCAUCAUCAGAGUUUCUCGCUCGGAGUACCAGAAAGUUUGGUCUGCUAUUACAAUGAUCAGGAGCAUUGGGAACAACCCGGCUACAUUUAAUUUGCUUGAUCUGAGUGGGUGUAUCAGAGCCUGUAAGAAAGCUGCCAUCAAAUGUGAGGAAGCUAAGUAUGAACAGUUUGUUUUAGCUGCCGGUGAUAGUGUUGGCCUGAAUUUUACCGAUGCUAGAAAAGAUAGCAUUGUUAAAAUCAACGCUUUGGAUUCCUAGCACCACCAGGUCAGCUCCAAUACAUGAGUUCAUUUAUACCUCUCCAUUCCUUGUAUUUUAACCUCUUCAAAUCACUCCUAUUUCUAUUUUGCUGUGUGUACGCUAGUUCAGACUUUCACCCUUGUUCCUUGACAGUCCAAUAGCAUGUACCUUACCUUAACCCAAAUCAGUGCAAUAGUAACUUGUUUGAGGCUCA